AUGUUUUUAACCCGAAGUGAAUAUGAUCGAGGUGUUUCGACCUUUUCUCCGGAGGGCCGUCUAUUCCAGGUGGAAUAUUCCUUGGAGGCCAUUAAAUUGGGUUCAACUGCCAUCGGCAUUUGUACCAGUGAGGGUGUUAUAUUAGCUGUGGAAAAGCGUGUUACUUCGCCACUUUUAGAAAGUGACAGCGUUGAAAAAAUCAUGGAGGUUGAAAAGCAUGUCGGAUGUGCUAUGUCCGGUCUUACAGCCGAUGCUCGUUCUCUUAUUGAUCAUGCCAGAGUGGCUGCUGUUCAGCAUGACUUGUACUAUCAUGAACCAAUCGGAGUGGAAGCAUUGACACAAAGCGUUUGUGAUUUGGCUCUUCGAUUUGGUGAGGGAGCAUCUGGAGAGAAGAGACUUAUGUCUAGACCGUUUGGUGUGGCAUUGCUUGUGGCUGGUUAUGAUGAAGAGAAGGGUCCUCAAUUGUAUCAUUCUGAGCCCAGUGGAACCUUUUACCGAUAUGAUGCAAAGGCCAUUGGAUCAGGAUCUGAAGGAGCUCAGGCAGAGCUUCAAAAUGAGUAUCAUAAGUCACUUACGUUGAAAGAGGCCGAAUUUUUGGCCCUUAAAGUGCUUAAACAGGUGAUGGAAGAGAAGCUAGAUAGUAAAAAUGCCCAGAUGGCAAGUGUUACUAAAGAAGGUGGAUUCAGAAUUUACAGUGAGCAAGAAUUGGCUGGUAUAAUAGACAAACUAAAGGAGAAGGAGAAGGAAGAGGGAGAAGAGGAGGCAGAAGAAGGGGCAGAAGCAUAG